GUAAAUCUAUCUGAGCUAACCGGAGAGUCAGGGUUAUCAAGAGAGCAACAGAAAACGUCGGACCCGUGAUUAGGAUUACUGUGAACUUGUAAAAAAGAAGCACUAACUACAAAAUAACGUUUUGAUCAUAUAGGCUUCCGUCAACACAGUGGUGUUGUCGAUAACUAUUUAACAAGUAAAGCUAUGUCCACUCCGGCUAGAAGAAGACUUAUGAGAGAUUUUAAGCGGCUACAAGAAGAUCCUCCAGCUGGUGUCAGUGGUGCUCCGUCCGAAAACAACAUCAUGGUGUGGAAUGCAGUCAUUUUUGGCCCUGAAGGAACUCCCUUUGAGGAUGGUACAUUUAAACUCAUUGUAGAAUUCACUGAAGAAUAUCCCAACAAACCCCCCACAGUACGAUUUGUCUCAAAGAUGUUUCAUCCAAAUGUCUAUGCAGAUGGCAGUAUAUGUCUAGACAUCCUACAGAAUCGUUGGAGUCCCACUUAUGAUGUGUCUUCUAUUCUUACAUCUAUCCAGUCCCUGCUUGAUGAACCGAACCCCAACAGUCCAGCCAAUAGUCAGGCAGCGCAGCUGUACCAGGAGAACAAGCGGGAGUAUGAGAAGCGUGUGUCCGCUAUCGUAGAGCAAAGCUGGAGGGACAGUUGACCUGACAAUCCUCAUGGCUGCUCUCUCCUGUGUUGAGCUGUGUGCUGCAGGUUUUAGUGGAGUAUGUCUUCAUUUUUGCCCCUACACCUUUUUAAUUUUAAGCUUUUAUGCACUUUACCUUCAUUUACCCUUUACCGUUUUUUUUCUCUCUUUUUUUAUAUAUCUUACCCCCCUUUUCUAAUGCAUCAAGGGCAAUGUACUGAAUCUUGCCUUGAUGCUUUGUCAGUUUGGACUUGAUGGCCAUUAUCCAAAAAAAUCUGGUGUUCUUACGUGCUGUUGUAGCUCCCCUUGACUUCUGCUAAAUGUCUAUGAGGAGUGCAUUAAUUAAGUCAAGGGUUCUUUUUUUUCUCUCUCUCUUUGUGUUGUGCACCUGUUAUGGCAGUUUGUUUUCACAAGGCAGUGAAAUGAUGAGCCGCCUGAGAAUCAUGGACUACAGCUUGAUCAGGCAUCUUGACACCGUGUCUUUGCUGUGUUGUGAACUGUUACAUGCAUGACAUACGAGUAUUCACAAUCCUGUUCAGUUCUCGUGUAUAUAAAGAAAACUGCAACUGAAAUUAUGUACAGAUUUUGCACUGGUUGUCCCCUUGUCACUUUUUCCAGUCCUUGUAAAUAAAGGCAAAAUCAUCCAUA